UCUGGCAUUCAACAGCAUCUGAAGCCCGGGACUGCUAUGUAGAUGAGCAGACGUGAUAAUGGUGAUGACACUUUUGCAAAGGAAAAACAAUGGUUUGCUGCAGUACAUGAAGCAUUACGGUAAUGCAGGACUCAGGUCUGUGAUUCUAGAGACAGCCUGGGCUGGAGAGCCCUCACCCUGUGGUCCCUCACCAGGGCGUGUCUGAGUGUCACUGACUGAUCUCUAGCAACUUUCUAUCGCUGGGAGACAAGAGGAAAAUAAAAUCCAAGCAGGAGCCUCCCCUCACUCCUCCCUUGCAACUUACCCACCUCAUUCUCCCUCCCCUUCCCAGUCACUGGGGGAAUAAAUCAGAAAAGGAAACAGAGAGCUGAGAUCUGUUACAAAGUAUCACUGAUGGCGGCUGAUCAGAUGUAACAGGGAGGUUUGUACAAGCUUUGCCCAGGGAGCCCUGCACAGCUUACACCCUCCUGCUUAUUGUUAUUUUUAUUAUUAUUACCCCAUCACAUUGUUCUGGAUAGCUGAUCUGCCUGUUAGAUUGCGAAGAUGGCUGCUUCCUGGUUUCUAGUUUUUACUCUGACACUUUUCCAAACCUUGCUGAUCUGCCCUUCAUCAGAAGAAUACUUUCCAUCAGCUACAACGAUUAAAGCGUGGGUGGACAAGAUGCAAAAUGAACUUGUAACAUUGGCGAGGACGGCAAGUGGAGUUGAUCAGCUAGUAGAUAUUUACUUGAAAAACAGACAUUUAUACACUAUUGAAGCCAAUAAUGCAGGACAACUGGUGGAAAGUGCUGCUACCAAUAUUGAGAAACUAUUGACAAACCGCUCCAAAGCACUGGUGCGUCUAGCUCAAGCUGCAGAGAAAUUUCAAGCAUCACAUCAAUGGCGAGAUGAGUUUUCGAGUAAUUCCAUUGUUUACUAUAAUGCCAAAGAUGAAUCCUCAGAAAUGGAGCAAAAUGACAGCGACUCUGUAAGUCAAAAAAUCAAGCCAGUGUUUGAGGACGAUCCUGUUUUUCGACGCCAUACAUCUUACCAACAUACAGCUGUACAUAUUCCUACGGACAUUUACGAAGGCUCAACUAUAGUGUUAAAUGAGCUGAACUGGACUGCGGCAUUAGAUGAAACUUUUAAAAAGAACCGAGAGGAAGAUGAAACUCUGCUGUGGCAAGUGUUUGGGAGCGCUACUGGACUUGCAAGAUACUAUCCUGCCUCACCUUGGGUGGAUAAAAACAGAACACCAAAUAAAAUUGAUCUUUAUGAUGUACGAAGAAGACCAUGGUACAUACAGGGGGCCGCAUCUCCAAAAGACAUGCUUAUUCUUGUUGAUAUGAGUGGGAGUGUUAGUGGUCUCACUUUAAAGUUGAUAAGAACUUCAGUAUCUGAGAUGUUGGAGACACUUUCAGAUGAUGACUUUGUAAAUGUAGCUGCCUUUAACAACAAUGCUCGUAAUGUCAGCUGUUUCGAUCAUCUUGUACAAGCUAAUGUUCGUAACAAGAAGGUGCUGAGAAAUGCUGUUAACAACAUCACUGCCAAAGGGACAACGGACUACAAGACAGGCUUUAAAUUUGCUUUUGAUCAACUACUUAAUUACAAUGUAUCCAGAGCAAACUGCAAUAAGAUCAUUAUGUUGUUCACUGAUGGUGGCGAAGAAAGAGCCAAAGAAACCUUUGAGUUGUACAAUAAGAACAAAACUGUACGUGUAUUCACCUUUUCUGUUGGCCAACAUAAUUACGACAAGGGACCCAUUCAGUGGAUGGCUUGCCAAAACAAAGGUUACUACUACGAGAUCCCAUCUAUUGGAGCAAUCAGAAUUAAUACACAGGAAUAUUUAGAUGUCCUGGGAAGGCCCAUGGUUUUGGCUGGAGAAAAAGCAAAACAGGUUCAGUGGACUAACGUCUAUGUGGACGCUUUGGAACUUGGCCUUGUCAUCACUGGAACUCUGCCAGUCUUCAACCUAACAACAGACCACAAUGGAAAGCGGAACCAGUUGAUUCUGGGAGUCAUGGGGGUUGAUGUUUCUUUGGAGGACAUUAAAAAACUCACUCCUCGAUUUACACUAUGUCCAAAUGGCUACUACUUUGCAAUUGAUCCAAAUGGCUACGUAUUACUUCAUCCAAAUCUUCAACCAAAGAAUAUUGAUGUAGGUACAAGUUUGAUAUCAUUGAGAAACAGAAGGCCCGAUGUACAGAACCGAAAAUCUCAGGAGCCUGUAACACUGGAUUUCCUUGAUGCAGAACUGGAAAACGAAUUCAAAGUAGAGAUCCGUCAUAAAAUGAUAGAUGGUGAAAAUGGUGAACGGACAUUUGAAACGCUAGUUAAAUCUCAAGAUGAGAGGUAUAUUGACAGAGGAAACCGAACAUAUACUUGGAGUCCAGUUCAUGGAACAGACUACAGCUUGGCCUUGGUUUUACCACCUUACAGCUUUUAUUACAUAAAAGCUAAAUUAGAAGAAACUAUAACGCAAGCCAAAUCCAAAAGGGUCAAUAUACGGGAUUCUGAAACGCUGAAGCCUGAACACUUUGACGAAGGCGGAUUCACUUUGUUAGCACCAAGAGAAUACUGUUCUGACCUUAAGAUGUCUGGCAAUAACACCGAGUUCCUUUUAAGAUUCAAUGAAUUCAUAGACAGGAAAACACCAAAUAAUCCUUCAUGUAAUGCUGACAUGAUUAACAGAGCACUUUUGGAUGCAGGAUUUACUUAUGAACUUGUUAAGUUCUACUGGAGUGGACAAUCACCCAAUGGGGUUCUUGCAAGAUUUGUCGCCACAGAUGGUGGAAUUACCCGUAUAUAUCCAAAAGAAGCUGGGGAGGAAUGGUACGAAAAUGCUGAAACCUACGAAGACAGCUUCUAUAAACGUAGUUUGGAUAAUGAUAAUUAUGUCUUUACAGCUCCUUUCUUUAACAGGACUGGUGUUCCAAACUUUGAAUCUGGUAUCAUGGUGAGCAAGGCGGUUUCAAUAACAAUAGAUGGUAAACUGCUUAAACCUGCUGUUGUUGGAAUUAAAAUUGAUGUUGUUAGCUGGAUGGGAAACUUUACAAAAGCUACUACCAAAGACCAAUGCAAGAAGGAAAUCUGUGACUGUGAACAAAACAGUAUGCAAAUGGAUUGCAUUAUUCUUGAUGAUGGGGGUUUUCUACUGAUGUCAAAUCAAGAUAAUUACAAUGCUCAGAUUGGCAGAUUCUAUGGGGAGAUUGACCCAAGCUUGAUGAAAAAGCUAGUAAACAUAUCUGUGUAUGCCUUUAAUAAGUCAUAUGACUACCAGUCUGUAUGUGACCCAGGUGAUGAACCUGUAAAAACAGAUGCUGCUAGAACAGUAUUUGUGCCGACUAUAGCAGAUAUAUUAAACCUUGGAUGGUGGGCCUCUGCAGCCGCUUGGUCUAUUAUGCAGCAGUUGUUUUGGACCAUAACUUUCCCACAGUUCCAAGUAGCAGCUGAGUAUGACGACGAUGAUUUUUCCAUUAUUCUGUCUAAGGAGAGCUGUAUUACUGAACAAACGCAAUACUUUUUUGAAAAUAACAACAAAUCCUUUAGUGGUUUCUUAGACUGUGGCAAUUGUACAAGAAUUUAUCAUGUUGAAAAGAUUAUGAACACUAAUUUAGUGUUCAUCAUAAUUGACAGCAUUCGCACCUGUGACACGUGUGAUACACAACCUUUAAUACAGGCAGAACAGCGUUCCGAUGGACCUGAUCCGUGUUUACUCGCUCAGACACCAAGACACAGAAAGGGGCCUGAUGUUUGCUUUGAUCAAGAUAUUGGGGAAGAUGACUCUGAUUGCGGGGGCGUCUCAGGACUGGUCCCUUCGUUAUGGUCCAUGAUUGGAAUCCAAUUUGUGCUGCUGUGGUUGCUAUCUGGUGGCAAGCAUUGUCCGUUAUGACCCUAAAAACCAAAAUCUGUGUUACUAAUGUCAACACCCUGCCAAAUGAUUUACCCUGGAUUUACCUUAAAAUGGGGGUCAAUUUAUUCAGACAAUAGAAGAAUGGAUGUGCCCAUACUGUAACUAAAUAAUGUUCGAAAGACUCAUAAAGGCCUUCUCUGAGGCCACAUUUUGGAGUGUCAAACCCUCAAUGGCAACUUGUGUGAAUGCUGCAUCAUCUAUGCCACCGGAACAGAAAACUACAGUAAAUGUGCUUUAUUGAACAAUCUAUGAUGAUCUCUUUGUUGCAUCGUCAAUGACUUUACGUAAAAGGGCUCCCUUUAAUAUGGCUUCUGUACAACAUCAUUUGUAAUAUUAAUUUUAACUUAAAGUUUGUAGCGCUCCUAGCCCUUUACACGUCACCUUGUGAGAAGCAGUUUUAUUUUAUUAUUGUGCGCUGUGUUUAAAACACUGCUACUGCUUUCAAUAUAUUACUGUAUGUGUAAAAUUCAAGUUGCUCCUGUUCUAGUCAAGUAAAAAUAUUGGUAAGUCGGUCUUCUAAAAUGUUCACAUAAACUGAAAUGCCUUACAUUAUAUAAUGGCUUAUUUUGCCAAAUGGUAUAAUAAUAAACUGAAAUUCAGUUCUUUAGGGAGCUAAUUCUAAAUAAGUUCAAGAGCAGAGGCGUUGCUGGCAAGUUACUAGGGGCUGUAGUCCAAGGUGUUUUAUUUAUAUUAUUUCCACAUACAGCUACUCUAUGUCAAUGCACACUGGUUAUAACAGUUCCCUGUAUGUUGAAUUACAUGGUAUAUAUGUCGACCAUUUGUAUGUGAGAUGACAUCCCAUAUAAAUAAUCUGACACUAUGACAUUCAAAACAAUAUACCAGUUUUGAGGAACCAAAGUUAAAGACAAAAUUAUAGGGUCCAGCUAGUGGCUACUGAGAUUUAUCUCAAUUUCUUGCCCCAGAUCUUUUUGGAUCUUAGUAGCGCCUCAGUUUAAGAGCAAACCUAGAUGCUUUGGGAUAGGUGCAUGAGGGUUUUGUGAUUCACUGAAGCGUCAACCCUUUAUCUGCAACUAUGCCUUUGUAAAUGUAGUCAAUGCUAACCAAAUCCUUGUCUGAGAUAACAAAGAAAAAAAUAUAAGUACAUUUUUGGUUAGGGAACUUUGAUUACCUAUGGUAUUUAGCAUGUUGAUGCUGCUAUUUUUGUUGUUUGGAUUGUAGGCUAUAGUCUUCAUAUCGAGUGACUAUUUUGUUGUGUGACAAUUUUUGCUAUGUGGUGCAAUUAAGUAUGUUUGGUUGGCAUUUGCUAAACAAGAAUCUGAGUAUAAUGUGCAAUGGAAAUCAUGCAUAUGAAUGUACUCAGGGUAUAAAUCAAAAAAUCAAAGACAUUUUUUUAUUCCAGUAUCAGAGGAUAGGUUGGAAUAACCAGGAAAGAUAAAUUAUAAAACAUCAAGUAAAUGAGUGUAAGUCUGUAUUUUCUAAAGACUAUCAAAGUUCUGUUUUAAAUAAAAUUAAAAUAAAAAUUAUAAAUAGAUAUUAUUAUUAUACAAAUCUGUUUUAUCAAAUUUAUUUUGAAUAGUGUUGUUAAAGAAAAUUACACCCUUUUUCCAAUUAUUUCUGAUGACUACAAAUGUGGUUCCAGCCGUUAACAGAAAAUUGAAUGUGAAUUUAAAAUGAUCAAGAAAAAAAAAAUCAUAUUUAUGGUAAAACUGUUCAAUAAAAUGCAAUGACUUAGAAAUAA